GGUCUUUGUAGCCUAUCAGGUAAUGCUGAGUCACGUGACGUGUGUCAAUUUCGCCGAGUUAUCAACAACAGAAAUGGCUACAGGUGAACCGAGAGCGGUGGGCAGGGCUUUAAAUAGCCAACGACUGUUUUCCUGGGGAGCCAACAGCUAUGGACAGCUUGGAUUAGGUCAUUGUACAGACAAAUCGAUACCAGAGGAAAUAAAUCUUCCUGAAGAUUUUGGUAAUGUUUCAUCUGUGAGUGGGGGAGGUGGACAUACCCUUGUUCUGACAGAUAAUGGAAAUUUGUUUGUGUGUGGUUCAAAUGACAAAGGUCAACUGGGAUUCGGAUCAACAGAAGACAAAACAGAGCUGACACCUGUCAGAUCAAUGGAAAGGGAGAUAAUUACGAAAGUAGUUGGUGGCUGGGACUUUACUUUAAUGUUAAAUGAUAAAGGAACGAUUUACGUUACUGGAUCGAAUAAAUUUAACCAGUUGGGAUUACCAGAUAUCACAGAGAAGUAUAUCACUACUCCAGUUAGAUUGUCUUUACCCAGGAAUCCAAUAGUCAUGGACAUAGAAGCUGGAUUACGUCAUGGUAUCGCUCUAACAGAUACUGGACAGGUAUAUAUCUGGGGAAGUAGAAAGUCAAGUAAAGAUAAAACUGCUGCAGUACCUACCAUAGUUCUCCUACCUGAAGACACAAAAGGCAUGGUAACCAAGAUUACGGCAGGGUCAUAUUUCUUCUCAGCGUUGACAGAUCAUGGUGAGAUUAUAAGUUGGGGUGACAACACUUAUGGACAAUUGUCAACAGAUAAGGUCAUGCAGCAGCCAUAUCUAGUACCAGCCACCUUUUUCAAGGGCAAGGUCACAGACAUACAGGCUGGAUGGACACAUAUGCUGGCAUUAACAGAUCAAAAGAAGGUUUACAGUUGGGGAAGGGGAAACUAUGGACAGCUAGGUAGAGAAGUUGACCUUCAGCUUGACCCGUCACCACAAGUAAUUGGUUGCCACGACAACAUAAUAUGUGUACGAUGUGGAUCAGAACACAAUCUUGCAUUAACAGAUAUAGGAAGAUUACUGACAUGGGGAUGGAAUGAACAUGGAUUAUGUGGGAAUGGAAAUGAAGACAAUGUGAUGACUCCUUCUCUGGUGGACAAACUUGAUGGUCACAUGAUUAAAACUGUGGGAUGUGGUGCUGGACAUUCUUUCGUAUUAAUUGAUCCAACAUGAUGUAAAAUAAAGUUUCAUGUUGACCUCUA